AUGUGGUCGAUCGAGGCAGUGAUCGCCAGGCACGAGGCCAGUCUCACCGGGAGCGAGCGCGUCGUCAUGGAGGAGAGCACCGAGGCCGCGGCGACGGCAAGCGGCGUGGCGCCUGGAGCCGGAGACGCGGAGGCCGCCGGGGCGCCGGGCUUGAUGAAGGUGGUGGUGGCCGUGGACGCGAGCGAGGAGAGCCUGCACGCGCUGUCGUGGGCGCUCGACCACGUCGUCCGGCACCACCCCGGCGCGUCCGUCGUCGUCCUCCACGCCCAGCACCGCGUCGACCGCUCCGCCUAUGCAGGCCUGGCCUACGUCCCGCCCACGGCGAUGGACGCCAUGAGGAGGACGCAGGCGGGGAACACCAGGAAGGCGGUGUCCCGCGCGCUGGACGUGUGCAAGCAGAAGCAGGCGAGCGCCACGGCGGCGGUGGUGGUGGGCGACGCCAAGGAGGCCAUCUGCCAGGCCGUAGAGGACAUGCGCGCCGACCUCCUCGUCCUCGGCAGCCGUGGCCUGGGCAUGGUCAAGAGGGCGUUUUUGGGCAGCGUGAGCGACUACCUCGCCCAUCACGCGUGCUGUCCCGUUCUCAUCGUCAAGCCGCCCAACGAAGCGCGUCACAAGUGAAGCUCCAUCUCUACUUCUGUCAACUACUAGUACGGAGUAGUUCUGAACUUCUGUUUUUGUAAUGUCUCGAGUGUCUCGUGUUUACAGUGAAGGAUGUGAUCCUGUGUAGUGGGCUAGUGGCAUGUAUGAAGAAACCAGGGAGUGAAACUGUCGUAUGUCUGCAAGCGCUUGUUGAAAAGUUUAAUCUUGAUUAGUGCAGUUGUCCCAGUGCAAACGUUGUCAUGAGGAAACUAGUGUUGAA